UACCUGCACCCUCUUGUCUUGGACUUGAUGCAGCGCUCGGUGUCCCAGACUGCUAUUAAUUCCCGGGGGUUGCCUCUAUUACUGCAGACCUGUAUGAAAACGGAAACUCCCCCAUCCCCUCAAAGAAAAGAAGCUUGACACUUCAGAGUUCGAAGUUCUGUUGCUUUGGGAAAGAAAAUGGCCCAGAAUUGUAUAGGAGGAGCUCUGAGCCCUUCCAAAACCCUUACGCCAAAAUGCAUACCAAUCAACCAUCCAAACCCUUCAUCCCUCUCGUCAUCUUCUUUGCGUAAAUUGAUACUAACAAAAUCCAAGAAGUGCCUUCCUCUGUCAGUUUGUAUCUCUGCAUCAAUGUCAUCAAGCCAGCAGCACCAACCGCCACUUUCUCUUGAGGCCUUGAAAACCAGUGAACACAGAAAUAAAUUCUUGAAUGCUAUCCAGAGCUCAUUGAGCAAUUGUUUAUCUGAAACCCAUCUUGAUUUAACCGUUCCUGGUCUUAAAUCCAAAACCAGAGGCAAGGUCAGGGACAUUUAUGAUGGAGGAAAUUAUCUUGUACUGGUAACAACAGAUCGGCAAAGUGCAUUUGACAGAGUUCUUGCUUCAAUCCCCUUCAAGGGACAGGUGCUUAAUGAGACAAGUUUGUGGUGGCUUAAUAAAAGUCAGCACAUUGUUCCAAAUGCAGUUGUAUCUGCACCAGACAAGAAUGUGACCAUCGCAAAGAAAUGUUUAGUAUUUCCUAUUGAAUUUGUUGUUAGGGGUUAUGUGACUGGAAGCACUGAUACAUCAUUGUGGACUGUCUACAAAAAAGUAGUUCGGAAUUACUGUGGCAAUGUACUUCCUGAUGAUUACGAGGAAACAAGUAAGAGGGCACUACAGUUAUUUGCAUAUGGUCAGCGGGUGGCAAUAAAACAUGGCCUCGUAUUAGUAGACACCAAGUAUGAAUUUGGAAAAGCACCUGAUGGUACUGUGUUUUUGGUUGAUGAGGUGCAUAUACCAGACUCGAGUAGAUAUUGGAUUGGUCAUUCUUAUCAAGAACACUUUUGGAAUGGCCUUGAACCAGAAAAUGUUGACAAGGAGUUCUUGAGGCUAUGGUUCAAUGAUCAUUGCAACCCAUAUGAAGAUAAGGUCUUGCCUGAUGCUCCAGGAGGACUGGUUUCUGAAUUAGCUUGGCGAUAUAUAUUCUUGUUUGAGACAAUAACAAAUUCAAGUUUUGAGAUACCUACAACAAAGGAGCCAAUACAUGAUCGAAUUACCCAAAAUGUUUCACAAGCGCUGAAGUCUCUGUUAUAGUGUCAGAGCUUCUUGAGGUGUUCAAGGCUUAAAUGUCAUGAUUUUCUAUCAGUAGGAACAGCUGCAGCAGCGAUCAGUACUUCUGUAAUUUAGCAUGCUUAACAGCUCUAGCUGACUGCAAUGAAUGGCUCAAUUUUGCCUAUUAUGAGUUUGUAGAUGGAAGCUUGAUUCCUACUGCUAAGAUCUUGGGUCGUUUGGGGUCACAGAACUUUUAGGUUUCUUUGAGGGGGCAAUAGGAAAGUAAGAAAAAACAAAAUGUGGGUUCCAGAAGAACUUUCUAGCUGAGCAGGUACUAAUGUUGUGGUGGUGAGUCUGGUGACUAAGAAGCAAGCAGAAAAUGAUUCCUUUCUUAUUUUUUUUCAUUCUGUUCUCUGUUAUAGUCAAUGAUGAAGAAAGUAGAAGUUUGGAUGAAAGAGAUGUGCUUCGG